AUGAACCCUCAAGAUGACAAGAGGCGGCCUGCCGCACUAAACCUCGCGCCGACUCGAUCAGCAUCCACAGACUCGUCUUCAUCCGACUCAUCGUUGAAGCCCCCUCGUACUCCUCGCUUCGCGGAAGCAACAUCAGUACACUCCCCUGUCGAAGGCACUCGAUCGCCAUUUGCCGACCCUCCCGCGAGAUCAGAAGUUCCUCAAUCCCAGCCUGGCGACAUUGGCUUCGGCUACAUCAGCAACAACGGCAACCGCGAGUCCGUCGCCGUCCCCAUGACACCGAGAUCACCACUCAAGAGCGCCAUGAGGGUGCCAGGGACACCGGCACGCAAGAUUGAUAACCCCCUCAGCCCGACCUUCAGAGAAGAGGAAAUUCUCGAGAAGCGUGAAGCUGCAACCGACAAGGAGCAGGCUCGUGAUCUCAAAAUCAAGACACGCGUUCGCAUGGCCAAGUUUGCACUCCGUGGCGUCAACUUCAGCUGCAGUUUGAUCAUCAUUUCCAUGAUCGCCGCGACCCUACAGAUCUUCAACGCUACCAGGAAGCUGCCCGCCCAGAGUGGUCUGCCACCAUGGGCUGAAGGCACCGCCAUCUGGCCUCAAGUCCUUGUGAUUACCAUGUCUUCCAUCUCUCUCGCCGUCUGCCUAGGAGUCUUCAUCGCAUACUGCCGUGGUGGCCACCACCGAGCCGAGAAAGUCGCAACAUACUACACGCUCUUCGCCAUCGGCUGGUUCAUCCUCUCCAUGGUUCUCUGGGCUGUUGCCGCCGGUAUCUUCCAGUCAAGCCGCAACAACGGCGGAGGCAAGGACAUGUGGGGAUGGAGUUGCAAGGAGAACAAGCGUGCCGAGGUCUUCAGCGAGAAGGUCGACUACGCUCUUCUCUGCCGUCUCCAGAACUGGGCCCUCAUCUGCAUGGUCAUCGAGAUCGUCAUCGACGUCAUCUGCGUUCUCCUCUACAGCAUUGUCUUCUACCGCUACUACACCAAGCGCCGCCUGCACAAGUCCAUGGACAUGCGCGACCGUGCUCGUUCCGACCUCUACCUCGCCCAGCUGCGUUCCCAGUCCGCCCCCAACACUCCGGGCCUCAAGUCUCCCGGUCUCUACUCCCAGUACACCAUGUCUCCUCGCCACCCGGAGGCGACCUUCGAGAACCUGUCCCGCAUCGAGGAGGCCUCUCCCUUCACUCCCGGAACCCGAUUCGUCGAGCCCGAGUCCAGCUUCGCCAAGCCCAAGUCUACCUUCAAGCUCCAGGCUCCCCCAACGAAGGCCCCGUCUGCGACACCAAAGACCAACGCGACCGGUUUCACGCCGACCUCUGCCACCGGCCCCGAGCCGAACUUCCCUCCAGUGCAGCAACAGCGUUCAGAGUCGCCUCAAGGCCACGCGCCAAUGGCUGCCGACGAGCCCGUCUACGAGGCCGUGCCUAUCCCAGGUGCCUACGCGGAUGCUCCGGUAAAGAGCCCGCCACCACACCAGUUCAACUUUGGCACCAGAUAA